AUGGCGGAGACGACCCUUCAUCUGGUCAUGGCGGAGAUGACCUUUCGUCCGGUCAUGGCGGAGACGACCCUUCAUCUGGUCAUGGCGGAGAUGACCUUUAAUCCGGUCAUGGCGGAGACGACCCUUCAUCCGGUCAUGGCGGAGAUGACCUUUCGUCCGGUCAUGGCGGAGAUGACCUUUCAUCCGGUCAUGGCGGAGAUGACCUUUCGUCCGGUCAUGGCGGAGACGACCCUUCGGGCGGUCAUGGCGGAGACGACCCUUCGGGCGGUCAUGGUGGAGUUGACCCUUCAGGAGAGGAUAAUGGAUGAGAAAGAUGAGCUAAAAGGGGAUAUUCCAGAAAGCAGGUAUCUUUCACGGGACCAGAGCUCAUUUCAGGAGCAGGGCCAAGUAGCAACAGGAACAACAAGAUCUAGGAUGAACGUGGGAGUAGAAGACAAGCAGCCGGACAGUUCUGAAGGGCUGCACCCUGGAGAUCACGAGGUCCAGGUCCCCCUCUCUGCUCGUCAUGGGUGGAACCUUCUUUCUAGUCCAGUUUCAGGUGUGUUUGCCGCUGGUACAGAUGAAGUGAAGUCAGUGACUGAGGGAGAUUCUGUCACUCUAAACACUGAUGUUCAAGUACAGAGUAAAGAUCAGAUACUGUGGACGUUUAAUGGCACUCCUAUAGCUGAAAUCCACAGACUGGCCAUCUCUUAUGGUAAUAUUGAGAAGUUCAGAGACAGACACCAUUUAGACAAUCAAACUGGAUCUCUGACCAUCAAAAACAUCUCAAAGACACAUGCUGGACUUUACAAAGUAGAGAUCAUCAGGAGCUCAGGGACAACUGAGAAGAAGUUCAAUGUUCAUAUUUAUGAUCAUCCUCCUUCUUCUGGCAUCACAAGCAACAGUUCUUCAUCAUCAGGAUCAUCAUCAUCAAGCCACAAUAGGGGGACCGACCACAAAUCAAACCAACCUCUAAUAUCGCUGCCGUUGUUGCUGCUGCUGUUCAUCGCAGGUUUAGCCUUCGCAGGUUUGGUCGUCGCAGGUUUAGUCGUGCUUUUCUGUCACCGCAAGGAAUACGCACAAGCAGAAAAAGACGGAGUCUGAUGGACUGGAUCUGAAGGUGUAUGAUAGAGAUCAGUUUAUUACAGGACAAAUCAUGCUCAGGUUUAUGUCAGUAACAAAGCUCAAAACCACAAAUGACCUGAUUGUGGCUCUGAAUUUGAUUUUAUUAAGACAGACCUGUAGAAGACAAAGUGUUUAUCUGUAGAACACAACCGAUAAAAGGAUAUACCACUUUUGUCAGGGAUUUUGGGGGGAAAUCACACAGUAAGUGCAGUU